AUAGUUAGGGUUUUUUUCUUCUUCAUAAAACCAACAUUUCUAAAGAAACCAUAUAUUUUGUCAUUAGGGUUUUGUAACCAGAGCGCCGAUUUUCCCAGCAGCAGAAACCGCAACACCACCACCAUGGUUCUCAAGACUGAACUCUGCCGUUUCAGUGGCGCCAAGAUCUACCCAGGUAGGGGUAUCAGAUUCGUUCGUGGAGAUUCUCAGGUAUUCCUCUUUGUUAACUCAAAAUGUAAGAGGUAUUUCCACAACCGUCUCAAGCCAUCAAAGCUUUGCUGGACUGCUGUGUACCGAAAGCAACACAAGAAGGACAUUUCUGCUGAAGCCGUGAAGAAGAGGAGAAGGGCCACCAAGAAGCCAUACUCAAGGUCUAUUGUUGGAGCUACCUUGGAAGUCAUCCAGAAGAAGAGAAGCGAGAAGCCCGAAGUUAGAGAUGCUGCUAGAGAAGCCGCCCUUCGUGAAAUUAAGGAAAGGAUCAAGAAAACUAAGGAUGAAAAGAAGGCGAAGAAAGCCGAGGUAACCAAGUCACAGAAGGCCGCAGGCAAGGGAGUAUCCAAGGGUGCCGGUCCUAAAGGCCCCAAGCUCGGAGGUGGAGGUGGAAAGCGAUAAGCAAUUCGUCUUCUUACCUAGUAUUAGCGUUGUAUUGAGUUGAGGACGGUGCAAUUUUGGCUGUUUUAAUGUUUGGAAGUAGACGUUUCUUUAUUGCUAAAGAUAUCUUUGUAUUUCCAGAUUUAUGUUGGUUAUGCAAGAUUUAUAUCCUUCGGUGUUCCUUA